CGGCGCGAUGCGAACGGCGGAAGCGGACGAGCGGCGGGAGCCCGAGCGGCCUCAUGGCCGCACCCCAAGCCCCGCGCGCCCGGACGUCGCCGCCCUCGAGCGCGAGCGCGUGCGCGCGCACCUGCGGGCCCGCCGGACGCUGCUGGAGGUGGCGAAUCUGCUGGACGAGCUGCAGAGCGAGGUGGACACCUCGGCCGAGGGUGUUCGGGGCCCCGGCCGCUGCGCGGCCGGCGAAGCGGAGGAGCGGGUGCUGCAGUUGUGCGAGAAGGCGGAGAGGAAGGCCGCCGAGGCCGCGCUGGUGGGGCGGAGGAUCGUAGAGCUCCACCGGCAGAUAGACCGCUGCGGGUGCUCCUGAAGGACGCGGGGGCGGUUCCGAAGUAUACUCUUGUGCCUUGCUGCUUUUUUUUUAUGCUUCCUGGAAUCUGGGGAUGCCUGGAAGAGGCUUGAGGUCAGAGUUCUGCAAGACAGAAGACACUGCCUGGCUGCAGCUGCUGAAAGGAGAGCCCAGACCGGCCAAAUGUGGAUGCCGCUGCUUUGGAUCAGAUUGAGAAGCCCCUGGAGGGUUGUUGGGCAUGGAGAACGGUGGCAUCUGUGUUUUCGGAUUCUGUAGUGUGUCAGAUCGAAGGAGGAGAGUUGUGUUCUUUUCAUUUUUGUUUGCUUGUUUCUUUUUUUCAGAAAUGUAAUUUUUCUGUGGCAUGUUAACUGGUGCACAUCUUGUAACCUGUCUGGUGAGUAACCUAGAAUAAGGGAUGAGUUCUAGGUGCUGUGUGUAUUGGCUGACUUUGGGGCACACUUUUUGAUGUAAUCAUGCAUUUCAGGAGCUUCUCUGCCACAGCUGCCUGUGACAUGUGCAUGGCCUGAAGGGUUUGGGGAGGGGAGCAUGGGUCUGACCCUGGCAGGCCCAGAAUGAUAGCAGGAAGCUUCUUCCAGGCUGAUAUGAUAUCCAGCCUUGGUCCUCACAGGUUGAGAUCAGAGCUCUAGCUUUCUUUGAUAAAGUUCAGUUGCCUGGAAAAACAAAUGCUGAAAGCCAGUUUUUAGAACCUUUGUGCAAAUAACCAAAGCCAUUGACUUGCCCAAGAAAAGGUGAGAGGAAUAAAUUCUUUUCAGAAUAA